AUGCAUGGCUUCCGCCCGCCGAGAGCAGUCCCACGCCCUGGAAGGCCACACCUCGCCGCACUCAGGUUCCUCUACGGGGCGGUGGCCGGAGACCAGCGGCGCCGCUGGGACUCCCGCGACUACGCCGCCCUGCUGCGAACCCGAUGCGCCAGCCUGAGGACCCUCCAGCAAGCCCACCAACAGAUCAUCACCGCCGGCCACGGCGGCAACCCUUUCCUCGCCGCCAAGCUGGUGGCGCUGUACGCCGAUCUCGGUGGCGGCUCCGGCAUGCGAGAUGCACGCCGCGUCUUCGACGGCGCCGAACUGCGGGACGCCCUCCUGUGGAACGUCGUCAUUCGUGGGUACGCUGCCGUCGGCCCGCCGGAGGAGGCGCUGGCCGUGUACGCCAUCAUGCGGCGCAGCGGUGGUCCCGCCACCGCCAACCGCUACACCUACCCCUUCGUGCUCAAGGCCUGCGCCGCCUCCGGCGACGGCGGCAGCGGCAGGACGGUCCAUGGCGAGGCUUGGAAGGUCGGCCUAGAGACGGACCUCUUCGUGGGCAACGCCCUCGUCUCCUUCUACUCCCGCUGCGGAGACCUCCACGCCGCGCGGCACCUGUUCGACGGAAUGCCCGAUAGGGACCUCGUCAGCUGGAACUCCCUCAUCGCGGGGUACUCCCAGAACGAGCGCCACAGAGAAGCGCUGUCGCUCUUCCACCGGAUGCUGCGUGAGGACACCCUGCAGAGCCCCGACUACGUCACCCUCGUGGGCCUCCUCCCCGCCUGCGCUAAGCUGGCGGCGGCGCGAGACGGGAUGUGGGUCCACUGCUACGCCGUCAAGUCCGGCACGCCGGUGGACGCCGCGCUGGGCAGCGGCCUGGUGGCGAUGUAUGCCGCCUGCGGCCGACUCGCCCACGCUCGCGAUGUGUUCGACAGAAUUCCCCUGAAGAACGUCGUCGCCUGGAACGCCAUGAUCAGCGGCUACGGCGCGCACGGCCGCGCGCGGCAUGCGCUGACGCUGUUCGCCGAGAUGCUCUCCGCGGGCGUCCGCGCCGACGGCAUGUGCUUCCUGAGCGUGCUUUCGGCAUGCGGGCACGCCGGCAUGGUGGAGGAAGGAAGGUCGAUCUUCGAGCUGAUGGAGGAGCACGGAGUGGAGAAGGGGGAGCUCCACUACAGCUGCAUGGUGGACCUGCUGGGCAGGGCGGGGCUCCUACGCGAGGCGGCGGAGCUCGCCGCCGCCGCCCCCGGCGGCGGCGGGAGAGACGUGUGGGGGGCUCUGCUGGGGGCCUGCAGGAAGCACGGGGAGGUGGCGAUUGCGGAGGAGGCCGCGGGGAGGCUGUUUGAGCUCGAGCCGGGGAACGCGGGGAGGUACGCGGCCAUGGCGAGGACGUACGAGGGGGCGGGGAGGGGGGAGGAUGCAGCGAGGGUGCGGUUGAUGAUGAGGGUUAGAGGGGUGAGGAAGACGGCGGGGUGUAGCUGGGUGGAGGUGGAGGGCGGGGUGGUUCACUUGUUUGGAGUAGAAGAUGAGUCGCAUCCGAGGACGGAGGAGAUUUAUGGUGUGUUGGAGGGGUUGGGGAGGAUCCUGGAGAUGGAUGAUAAUUGA